UAUUUUGCGUUGUUCAGACUUGACGCAGCAAUCAUGUACAAAUUCGGGGAAAUAAACUCAUACGAGGGAGUUUUAGACCUUAAGGGAGUCGUUAAAGAAGUUGACGUUGAAGAAAUGGAAGAGGCGUUAAAUAUCUGCGAUCUUUCUACUCUCUCCCAAAAGUAUAAAACCUGGAUUAAACAUAUGCCGCGUGUCAAACCUUAUUAUGCUGUUAAGUGCAAUGACGAUGCCUUGAUUGUGAAGGAGCUAGCUGAUUUGGGAGCCGGGUUUGACUGCGCUUCCAAAAAUGAAAUAAAACUUGCCCUGGAAGCGGGUGCCAAAUCCGAAGACAUCAUAUUUGCCAAUCCUUGCAAGCCACCGAGUCACCUCCAGUAUGCUAAAGAGAAAAAUAUUAUGGCAAGCACUGUGGACACUGAAUUCGAGAUCUAUAAAAUUUUUGAGCACUAUCCGGAAUCAAAGAAUUUUAUUUUAAGUUUGGUGAUACGUUUUCGGUGUGAGGCCAAAGUAGCACAAUGCCCACUGGGCGAUAAAUUCGGGUGUAAUGCUGAAGAAGAUGCUGCGGCAUUGAUGCUCCUCGCAAAAAGCUUGGGGCUUUCCGUGAUAGGAACCAGUUUUCACGUUGGCUCCGGCUGCAGUGACUAUCCAGCCUAUAAGCGAGCCAUUGCUACAGCAAAAAAUUUGUUCAAAUUCGGAGAAUUGCUUGGUUUCGACAUGAAGUUUUUGGACAUUGGAGGUGGAUUCCCAGGGGCUGACGAUAAUAAAUUUUCUACUAUUGCGGAAAUUGUCAACAUGUCUUUGAAUAAAUAUUUUCCGGACGAAAAAGUUGAAAUAAUUGCCGAGCCUGGUCGCUUCUUCGUAGCUUCGGCCUACACCCUGAUUUGUAAGAUUCACGCCAAGCGAGAAGUGCGAGCCGGUAAGAAGGUGGAUGUGAAAAUGUACUACAUAAAUGACGGUGUAUAUGGAUCGUUCAAUUGUGUUUUGUAUGAUCAUCAAGAAGUCACUGUGGAACACUUCUUGGAGGAAGAUGAAAAUCUUAAAAAGUUCAAGACUUUAAUAUGGGGUCCCACCUGUGAUGCAUUAGACAAAAUCAUUGAGGAUGCGUACUUGCCAAAUCUGUCGUGUGGAGAUUUGAUUGCUUUUCCAAAUAUGGGCGCAUAUACGGUGCCGAUCGCAAGCCCCUUUAAUGGAUUCAUGGUGCCGAAGACAUUAUAUUUUAAAGCAAUUUGAUAUAAUAACCACAAUAUUCUUCUUUUUAUUUUAAUUAAUAAUUGCUUAAUUUUCUAACGGGGCUCAUAUUUAAAUUCUGUAUARAAGUUAAAUAUAUACAGCACGUCACUGCAUUAAUAUUUCA